GCUCCUGAGGAAAAGGUUUGGUGUGACACUGAGCAGCUCAGCUCUGCAGUCACAGCUGAAUCCAAUCCAGGCUGAUCCAGGACAGCAGACCUGCAGACCUGGAAGCCCCUGGAAAGUCCUGGAUCGGAAAAUGCUUCAGCAGUCAUGGACGAGUCUGCACUGGAGCGCUACUUUGAUAAUUCCAUUGCAAAUGACUCCAACUUCCUGUUGGAGGAGAAGCGGGAACCUCACUUCCUGUCUUCCACACCAGGGGAGGAGCCUAACGACGAGCUGGACCUCAGCUUCCUGCCUGACGAGCUCAGCACGCAGGAGGAGGAGCCAAGCCGGGACGGUCCUGGCAGUCAGUCUGUGCAGAGCGACACCAUGGCUCCCAACUUGACUCAGGACAGCGGCAUCUGUCUGGACUACAGCUCCCAUGAUUCCACAGUGGCUGAGAUGCCGGGAGGAUCGCUGCUGCCAGCGCCGGGGACAAGCGCCUCGCCCUUCUACCCCAUGACUCCCAUGACCCCCAUGACUCCCAUGACCCCUGUGACAGAGCGAUCAGGCAUCAUCCCACAGCUACAGAAUAUUGUGUCCACGGUGAACCUCGGCUGUCCUCUGGACCUCAAGUUCAUCGCUCUGCAGGCCAGGAAUGCAGAGUACAACCCCAAGCGUUUUGCAGCCGUCAUAAUGAGGAUCAGAGAGCCGAGAACCACAGCGCUGAUCUUCAGCUCUGGGAAGAUGGUCUGUACUGGAGCCAAGAGUGAGGAGCAGUCACGGCUGGCAGCCAGGAAGUACGCCCGUGUGGUGCAGAAGCUCGGCUUCCCUGCUCGCUUCCUUGAGUUCAAGAUCCAGAACAUGGUGGCGAGCUGUGACGUCUUUUUCCCCAUCAGACUGGAGGGACUGGUGCUCACCCACCAGCAGUUCAGCAGUUAUGAACCUGAGUUGUUCCCUGGCCUGAUCUACCGCAUGGUGAAGCCUCGCAUCGUCCUGCUCAUCUUUGUGUCUGGGAAGGUCGUUCUCACUGGCGCUAAAGAGCGAGAGGAGAUCUACGAGGCGUUUGAGAACAUCUACCCCAUCCUGAAGGGCUUCAGGAAGCAGUGACCACCGCCGCUCACUGACUUGUCAAAGCACUUUCUGUUCAUUUUAUAUUGAAGAAGUAUAUAGACAGAUAUACAACACUAUAUUGUAAUAUUGAAGAAUUGUAAAACAUCUUUGUGUGUUUUAUUUUGUGUUACAAAGUAAAGCUGUGGCUGUUGAGUCAGCAUACUGUUUGUUUUGCUAUCAGUGAUGAGUAAGGCAUUGUCCUUCCAGGCAAUAAAUACAUUUUCCACA